UAAAAUUUUGCUAUAAAUUAUAAUAGUGAAAUUUGUAGUUCUUGUUAAUUUUGAAUCCUGUUAUGUCUGCAAUCUUAAUCGCUGAUAAUUGCUGUUUUCACUGUCUUUGUUGGUUCUUAGUAUCAUUCUGAAAGUACUGAAUGUGCCAUUCUGUUUGUAGUUGCAUGAUGUGAUUUGAUUGUUGUGUUUUCUAAACAUGAGGACUUAUCUGCAAGGUUCCCCCUGUUUGUCAAGUAUGAUCGUUUGAGUGGCAGAUUGUCCUUAUUUCUUACGCCCUCAUUCUUCUUCUUGGGGAGUAAGCCGGGGUCCUGCACACGUUUAUCAUGCUUGCAAACUAACAGAAACACAAGUGGAUGAAAGCCUGAAAUGAAAUUUGCACAUUUUCGAUGAUUUAACAUAUCUCAAAUACAAUAAUGCAGGAUUUAGUGGAGUGCAAAUAUGAAAAAUUGAAAAUUGUGGCGCUGAUGUAUUACAACACCGAAUGUAACUUACAAUCAUUUUCAAAAUCAUUCUUAGUGGAGACCUUGGUGUGUUUAUUAAAACACUGAAUAUCCAGUAUGGCAAAGGAGAGAAGAGAUAGUUCUUUGGCACAUGAUAGUGGCAGAACAUCAACUAAUCCAAGUAGUUCUAGUCGUGUCAGAAGAUCUACACCAAAAAAUCCUAUGGAAUCUGAAGAAAAUGCCAAAGAAUGGGAAGAAGCUAGGUGUCCUGUCUGCAUGGAUCAUCCUCACAAUGCAAUUCUCCUCAUUUGCUCAUCCCAUGAGAAGGGAUGCCGCCCUUACAUGUGCAACACUAGCUAUCGCCAUUCAAAUUGUCUCGAUCAGUUCUGCAAGUCAUUUGAAGAAACUUUACCAACAACUCCCCAGGUAGAGGUUCAGAUCUCAAACCCUGAGGUGACUCGGACCACUGAAGCAAAUCCUGUUGAUAUACAAGAUGAAGGAAGUGAGGGAUCUGUUACAAUUCACUCUUUAUCAUGCGAAGAUCAUUCAAAAGCAAAGUUGGUAUGUCCUCUUUGUCGGGGGCAAAUAAAAGAAAUGAAAGUUGUAGAGGCUGCUCGCCGUUUCAUGAAUGAAAAAUCAAGAAGCUGUUCCUGUGAGACAUGCAAUUUUAGUGGCACAUAUGCAGACCUCAGGAAGCAUGCAAGGCUUGAACAUCCUCUCGUGCGGCCAUCAGAGGUAGAUCCAGAACGGCAGCGCAACUGGAGGCGGUUAGAGAGGCAGAGGGAUCUUGGGGAUCUACUUAGCACACUGCAAUCUUCCUUUGGGGAAAAUAACAGGGCUGACGAUGGUCUCCUACCAAUAGAUGAUGGUGGCUUGCUAGCUGUAUUUUUUCUCAUUCUUCAACCUUCAUCUGUGAGGGGUUCCUCAGGAACCAGACUGCAAAUGCGCAUAAGAAGGAGAUCUACUAGGCAUUGGGGAGAAACCUAUGAUGAGGGGCAAUCUGGAUCCUCCUCUAGAGAUGAUGAAAACGAAUCUUCAGAUGGUGGGUCUGGUACUUGGAGGCGCCGAGUUCGGAGACGGAUAACACCUGAGAAUGAGCCAUGAAUUUCCAAAUGCAUCUAGUUGUUUACCUCGAAUGUUCCCAAGUGGAACACAAGGAAUGAAAGGGGAAUUUUCGGAUUAUAUCCUCCAUUCUGCUCCAUUUCCCGUGGGACAGUUUUUGGAGGUUCUUGUUGUUAAAAGAAAUGGGAGAAAGUGUUAUUCAACGAGGAUUCCUCAUACUGUAUAUUUAAUUUAAUAUUUUUAUUCCUCCACAAUCAGUGCUGCGAUUUCUCGGAGAUUUAGAACAAUGGAUGUUGCAAAACUUGCAAUAAAAUCUACGCGCUUUAUCUCGUUGCAUUGGCAGAA